AUGGCUGACGAAGGGAGCAUCAACUCCGUUCCAUGGGCCGAGUCUCCAUUCCUGGACCUCAAGUUGGGCUUCAUGCCCACACCACGGAAGCCGGAAGUGGAUAUUGAGCUGGACCCCGAAAUCCCUCCUUGCGACGGAGACAUCGCAUUCGACCCCUCAGUGACUCAUCGCCAGACAAGCAUUGCCACCUGCACUCAAAGCCUUCGGACCAAGCCGAGCUCGAGGCGUCAACAGAGCAAGCUAUGGCAGCAGGAGAAGCUGAAAGACUUUCUGCGCAAACACCGCUUCGCGGAUGUAUGUGAGCCGAGCACCUCAUGGAUGCACUGCUAUGCCAUGUUGGGUGGAGAGACCCUCUACCCAAUCCACGUCGCUGCCCGCGAGGGCGAUCCGGAGAUUCUGCUGUUCGGCUGUUAA